CUUCCAACCUCCGCAGGUACCUUUCUUUUACAGUCUGCUUCCACCGCCUGAACUGGCACCCGAACUCUGUUGUAUUUCGAGGUCACUGUAGGCAAAAUGGGUACACAUAAGAAAGAAAACAACAGGAAGAUGCGCGAGGGGAAGACUGGGGAUGGAAUGGGCAAUGUCAAGGUCAAGGGCGAAAACUUCUACCGCGAUGCGAAAAAAGUCAAGGUCCUCAAGCGUCUUACGGACGGCAAAGCCCAGAGGAAUGCUGCCGGUGAUAUCACUAAGGCUGCCUCCUACCAAUCCAGGGACCGUCCUGUCGCUCGUGUCGAGCCCAACCGAAAGUGGUUCAAUGCGACCCGUGUUAUUUCGCAAGAUGCUCUCGAAUCGUUCCGUUCUGCUAUCAAUGCCCAGGCUUCCGAUCCCACUACCUAUCUCAUGAAGCAGAACAAGCUCCCAUUGAGUUUGAUUGAAGAGCAAAAAAACGUAAACGGGCUGAAGGAGCAUGCUGCAAAGAUCGCUGUAGAAAGCCAACCGUUCUCAGAGACAUUUGGACCAAAGGCACAGCGCAAAAGGGUCAAGCUAAACUUCAGCUCUGCUGAAGACCUUGCUGGCCGUACCGCUCAGAUGCAGGACGACUAUGUUGAUCGAUUGGAACAAGCAAGACUGUUGUCGGGCAAAUCUGGCGAGGAAUCGGACGAAGACGAAGAGGCUAGAACCCUUACCACUGCACGAGAAAGCGUGUUUGGUAAAGGCACCAGCAAGCGUAUUUGGAACGAGCUGUACAAGGUCAUUGACAGUUCCGAUGUCAUCCUGCACGUCCUCGACGCACGCGACCCGAUGGGCACUCGAUGCCGUUCCGUUGAGAAAUAUAUUCGCACCGAAGCACCACACAAGCAUCUUGUCUUUGUCCUCAACAAGGUCGACCUUAUUCCAUCCAAGGUUGCUGCAACAUGGAUUCGAUUGCUCUCUAAGGAGUACCCUACCCUUGCUUUCCAUGCAUCAAUCAACAACAGUUUUGGAAAGGGAAGCUUAAUUGCUCUCUUGCGACAAUUUUCCUCAUUACAUUCGGAUCGAAAACAGAUUUCUGUUGGUCUCGUAGGAUACCCCAAUGUCGGCAAAUCCGCCAUCAUCAACACACUGAGAAACAAGCCCGUCUGUAAAGUUGCGCCUAUUGCAGGUGAGACGAAAGUCUGGCAAUAUGUCACUCUGAUGAGACGAAUCUACAUGAUCGAUUGUCCGGGAGUUUGUCCUCCUAACCCAUCUGACACAGAUGAUGUGCUCCUCAUGAAAGGGUCCAUUCGUGUUGAAAACGUUGAGUAUCCCGCUCAAUACGUGGAUGGUGUCUUGGCACGGAUUAAACAAAAGCACGUUGAACGGACCUACGAGCUCAAGGGUUGGACAGACGCGAAUACUUUCCUUGAAAUGCUUGCCAGAGCUAAAGGCCGUUUGCUCAAGGGCGGCGAACCGGAUAUGGAUGGUGUUGCAAAGAUUGUUCUGAAUGACUUCAUCCGAGGAAAACUCCCCUGGUUCUCGGCACCACCUUCGCAUGAGAAGACUGAAGAUGCCACAGAAACCGGCGUUGAGGGUCGAGAAGGCCGACUGGGCGAGAUGAGCCGCAAGAGAAAACGCGACGAAACCGGCGCAUCUGACCGUGCACCAUCUACGGCAGAGGGCGAUGCCGCGCCAGCACAGGCCGAUGACGACGACGAUGAUGAUGAGGAUGAAGAUGAGGAUUUCGAGGGAUUCAGCGACGAAGAAGGUAUCGAGAUUGAUGCCGAAGAUGACAGCGAUUCUGCAGAAGAUGCGCAAACCUUAGUCUCUGAUGGUGAAGCGAUCGAGGACGAUGCUGCUGUGGAAGACGAGGUUUUGGCAAUAUCAAAAGCGCUCGCGCAGGCGAAAAAGGCUGGAAAGAAGAAGUAAACGAUCAUGCCGAAUCAUGAAAUACUAUGAUACCCCACGAAACGAUAUUUUCUCAUGACUUGUCUUUGAUGAGCCAAGAUUCAUUUUACCAUUGUUGACCUUUCACGUGUAUGUCAUUGCUCUAUGAUAGAAACCCUAAAUCGG